AGAAGCCAACAAGUGCAUACAAGUACCAAGUGUGGGCCGUGUGGCCACUCCCCCCUGUGCUUUGCUGUGCUGUACUUGGAAGCUGUCUGCCAUGGAGUCGUCGCCCCCGCUGCACGUGGCCGUGCUCCCGUUCCUCGCGUUCGGGCACCUCCUCCCCGGCCUCCAGCUCGCCGAGCGCCUGGCCUCGCGCGGCGUCCGCGUCUCCUUCGUCUCCACCCCGCGCAACAUCGCGCGCCUCCGCCGCCCGUCCGCCGCGCGCGUCGACUUCGUGGAGCUGCCGUUCCCGCGCGUCGACGGCCUCCCCGAGGGCGCCGAGGCCACCACCGACGUCCCGCCCGACAAGUUCCCGCUCCACCGCAAGGCCUUCGACCGCCUCUCCGCGCCCUUCUCCGCCUUCCUCGAGGCCGCGCGCGCCGCCGGGAACAAGGUCGACUGGGUCAUCGUCGACAGCUUCCCGGCCGCCAGGGCUUUCGACUACAAGGUCCCCUGCGUGCUGCACCUUCUCUACCCCGCGGCGUGGUGCGCCCACCUCGGCGCGGCGGUGCUCCGCGACGGGCCCGCGGCGGGGAACCCCGUGCCCUCGUUCAUAGCCCGGGGGUUCGUGGCGACCCUGGACGAAUGCAAGCUUGUCGCCGUGCGUAGCUGCGUCGAGUUCGAGCCCGACAAGUUGCCCCUCCUGCCGGAGAUCUUCGGCAAGCCGGUCGUCCCCGUCGGCCUUCUCCCGCCGCAGGUGGACGCGGCGUACGACACUGCCGCUGAUGGCGACGCAGCCCUCACGUCGUGGCUCGACAAGCAGCCUCCCAGAUCGGUCGUCUACGUCGCGCUCGGGAGCGAGGCGCCCGUCUCCGUCGAGCUGCUGCGCGAGCUGGCGCUGGGGCUGGACCUCUCCGGCGCGCCGUUCCUCUGGGCCCUGAGGAAGCCCCGCGGCGACGGCGGGGACGACGUCCUCCCUCCCGGGUUCGAGGAGCGCACCCGCGGCCGCGGGCUCGUGGAGACAGGGUGGGUUCCGCAGAUCAAGAUCCUGGCGCACGCCGCCGUGGGCGCGUUCCUGACGCACUGCGGCAGCAGCUCCACCGUCGAGGGGCUCCUGUUCGGCCACCCUUUCGUCAUGCUGCCCUUCAUGCUGGACCAAAUCACCACCGCGAGUUACCUCGAGGAGACCAAGAAGGUAGGGGUGCGGGUGCCCAGGGACGGCAAGCCCGACGGGCCGUUCGACCGGCACGGCGUCGCCGGAGCCGUCCGGGCCGUCCUCGUGGACGAGCAAAGCAGGCGGGUGUUCACCGCCAACGCCAAGAAGCUGCAGGAGGUCGUCGCCGACGCCGGCUGCAACGACCGGUGCAUCGACGCUCUCGUUCAGCAGCUCAGCUCUUACAAGGAGCCAUAAAUUGGCCAUGUACGUGCACCCUGCACAAAGAUGAGACGGCAGUGGAUUUUAAUCCCUCCAGGCACUACCGAUAUAUUGCAUGAUAUUUAAAUAGUCACCAAAAAAUUAAAAAAAAAUGAAAAUAGAUUAAUAUAAGAUAUAUGACUACACAAACAUGCAAGUUCAAAUAUGACUUUUACAAUUCAUAAAAAAAUAACAAAUAUGAUUAUGAAUAUACGUAUACUAUUCAGAGCUUAACUUGUUAUUUUUAUUGUGAAUUGUAGAAGUCAUAUUUGAACUUGUAUGUUUGUGUAGUGAUAUAUCUUAUAUUAAUCUAUCUUCAUAAUUUUUUUAAAUUUUUAAUGACUAUUUAGAUAGUAUGCAAUAAACGAGGGGAUAUCUCCUCGAGGGCGUAGAAUACUUUCCCGUAUCACGGAGGGCACUGUAGACCAGACCUCCUACUAUGUACUUCUACUAGUGCUUGAUAGGAGGCUGAGAGCCCAGCUUUUUUAUCUUUAUUUGAUCCAUUAUAUGGAUUGCAUAUCCUAUUCCUAAAUGAUCUAUUAAUUAAUAAUAAGUCGUUUCGUAGCAUU